GCGGGAAGGGGCUGAGGGAGGUGGGAUCGGGCCCCCUCCCCCUGCUCGCCAGCGUGCGCUGCGCCCCCAGCCUGCUGCCAGCCUGGAAAUGGCUCCGUUUAUUCUCCCCGGGAGAAUGAAUCGAUCCUGCCCAGCCUUCUCUUCCUCCUCCCCACCUCCUCUCUGCUCCGAGUCUUAGGAGGGGAAGCAUUUAAAAAGACAGAUUCCAAUGUGGAGUGCCGUGCACAUCGCGAGCUGCUGGGUUUGCACCUCGAGGAGAUUUUUCUAUAUAGCUUUUUCUAACGUGAGCGCAGGGAAGCAGUGGCAUUACUGCUUUUAGGAUUUUUAUUUUCUCGUAGGGAUCUCUAUAAAGUGCACGUCGCAUUGGGUUACACGCUCCACCCCCAAGGGAACUGGUGUGGUGGAGAAAUUUGAACCCGCAGCCUUAGUAGCACCAAAAGGCCGAGUUACCUGGCUUUCCCAGAGUGUCGAGGAGGACAUGAGCGAAAUGACCACCGAACUCAUUUUUUAUAGGACUCGGUGAAGCUGGAUUCUGCGUUUUCCGACAGACACGUAGACUCAUUUCGUGGAAUAGAGUUGACUGCUGUCAGCAUUUUAACUCUAAUUUAAAGCAAAUGCCACCUCGGUUUGAACGUUUUGGUAUCUACGAGAGAAAUCAUUUUACGUAAGGGAACUAAUUGAAUUGUCAGCACCACUGAAAUACCUCCAGAAAAGGAUCUCGGGGGGUGGAAAAGCAACUGCGAAAUAACAGACGGAGAAAUUCCUUUGGAAGUUAUUCUGUAGCAGAAGAACAGAAACUUCAGAGCAAGUUUUCUUUGGGCAAAAUGGGGGAACAACCCAUCUUCAGCACUCGAGCUCAUGUCUUCCAGAUUGAUCCAAACACAAAGAAGAACUGGGUACCCACCAGCAAGCACGCAGUUACUGUGUCUUAUUUCUAUGACAGCACAAGAAAUGUGUACAGGAUAAUCAGUUUAGAUGGCUCAAAGGCAAUAAUUAAUAGCACCAUCACCCCAAACAUGACAUUUACUAAAACAUCUCAGAAGUUUGGCCAGUGGGCCGAUAGCCGGGCAAACACUGUUUAUGGACUGGGAUUCUCUUCUGAGCACCAUCUUUCAAAAUUUGCAGAAAAGUUUCAGGAAUUUAAAGAAGCUGCUCGACUAGCAAAGGAGAAAUCACAGGAAAAGAUGGAACUUACCAGUACACCUUCACAGGAAUCGGCAGGCGGGGAUCUUCAGUCUCCUUUAACACCAGAAAGUAUCAAUGGAACAGAUGAUGAAAGAACGCCUGAUGUGACACAGAACUCAGAGCCAAGGGCUGAACCAACUCAGAAUGCAUUGCCCUUUUCACAUAGUUCAGCAAUCAGCAAACAUUGGGAGGCUGAACUGGCUACCCUCAAAGGAAAUAAUGCCAAACUCACUGCGGCCCUGUUGGAGUCCACUGCCAAUGUGAAACAAUGGAAACAGCAGCUUGCUGCAUAUCAGGAGGAAGCAGAGCGUCUGCACAAGCGGGUGACCGAGCUUGAAUGUGUUAGUAGCCAAGCAAAUGCAGUGCAUACCCAUAAGACAGAAUUAAAUCAAACAAUACAAGAACUAGAAGAGACGCUGAAAGUGAAGGAAGAGGAAAUAGAAAGAUUAAAACAAGAAAUAGAUAAUGCCAGAGAACUACAAGAACAGAGGGACUCUUUGACUCAGAAACUACAGGAAGUAGAGAUUCGGAACAAAGACCUGGAGGGACAGCUGUCUGACUUAGAGCAACGUCUGGAGAAAAGUCAGAAUGAACAAGAAGCUUUUCGCAAUAACCUGAAGACACUCUUAGAAAUUCUUGAUGGAAAAAUAUUUGAACUAACAGAAUUACGAGACAACUUGGCCAAGCUACUAGAAUGCAGCUAAGGAAAGUUAAAUUUCAGUGCCAGUUGAUUAAAAAAUACACUGUCUCUCUUCAUAGGACUGUUUGGGCUCUGCAUCAAGAUCGCACAUAAAAUUUGAAUAUCACUCCUCCUCCAGGAGGAUGAUCUUUUGAAAAUUGGAAUUGUAUAUUUCAGUGUAAAUUUUAGAAUUCAGCUCGUAGCUAGUUGGGGAAAAAAGAGAUGAAAAACUUGAACUACAAAUUACCUCCAUGUAUAUUAUU